AUGGCCUCUUUUAGAGGAACGCUACUGGUGGUUCUCGCAUUUUUGGGAUUGCUUACUAGUAGCGCAGCAGAUAUCACUGACAUGAUCGGUGAAGCUAUCUGUGCCGCUCAGUGCCUGACUAACUUCACUUUAUCCGUAAGGCUUGACGACCUCUUCAUGGUUGUGACUUCGUAUAAUCGACAAAGUGGGGCGCCUUAUGGUGGUCCACGCCCAACUGACAUCAUUGGGAGGUGUACUCUUUUUUUUCAGCUGGAUAUACCCGAACGGAACUUUCUAAGUCAGCGUCCAGACCUUACCGAGCCUCAUUGCCUAAGCAAGCGCUCAAACUGCAGUCUAUCCAGAACUUUUUUCAUCUUCUUCAGUGCCUCGAAGUUUGCCGAUGGCCCCGACAAAAUAUCUCAGCGUGUGAAUCGUCUUGCAAACAGCUUGAAUGAUUUUAUAACUGUAGUUAUAUUGGAGCCUUUCCUUUUUACUUCUCAGGAGAGUGAAUUACAAAUGUUGCCCAACAGUCCACUUGAGGUACACCGCAGAACGUGUCUGGAGGCCUGUGCAUUUUCGCACACCAACCAGAGGGAGAGAGCAGCAGUUGUGACCGGCCAGCUGCCAGCCUCUUGUCCUCUGCCCUCAAGUUGGCCCGACGGCUCGACGUGUCAGCCGCAUCAGAGUUGCACCACCGACGCAGACUGCGGCCAUGGCUCACUUUCCAAGUGCUGCCGUUUCGAUGCCUGCCUCGUUGAGCACCAACCCCUCCCACCAUCCCCCUCCAUACUCUACCGCUUGGCUCGUGGUGGUGGACCAUCCAAUCUCCACCGACCUCUUCCUCCCACCGGGUUUUGUAUGCGCAUUUCUAACGACACCGCCUUCGCUCACAGAGGCGUACCCCCAGUACCCGGUCGACCAUCAGUGCGCCAAACAGCUAUGACUCUGGGUGAACAGGAUGUCUACAAGCUGGAAUUGGAUUGGCCCGAAUAUUAUAACCUCAGCAGACGCUCUGAUGCACCAGAAUGGAUUUAUCCCGCCGUAUUCCUCGUUCAAGUCCGUCUCUUUCGUGACCUAGGAGACCCAUUAUUUGGGGAUCAGAAUGAAUUUGGAGACGAAAUAUUUCAGGAAGAACUCUUUAGUGAGUGGCGAAGUCUCGUUUGGACAACAAAAGUUGGUGCCGUUCUCUCGGAUCUCAGUCCAGGAACCUGGUACCAAUUUCGGCUAAAAGCUGCCUCAGGAGCAGGGUUUGGUGGCAAUGGUCGUCCCAGUCGGCCUGUCAAGGUGGUGGCGCUACCUGAGGCUCCUCGUAAUCUUACAGAGAGCAACUUGCGCAUCUACUCAAACAAAAUCGAGGUCAAACUUCGAUGGGAGCCACCUGCUCCCGGAAGUGUCCCUGUCAAAUUUUAUAGGGUAAGUUGGAAGAAGCACAUUCCCAUGCACAUAGAGGACAAUUCAUUGGGGGAGUACGAAGCAAAGGUGCCCAAGAAGGUCCUCGCUUAUACCUUGCAAGACCUAGAGCCAGGCACCGUCUACAUGGUGCAAGUAACCUCAGUUGCCGUCGUCGAUGGAAAGGAGUGGUCCAGUCCUCCAGUGAAGCACUUCAUUAAGACCGUACCAAUUCCCUCCAAAGAAUAUUCCCUAAGUGUGUUCGUUUAUCCUAUCAUAGUGACGCAUUACUUUGGACCAAGUGUCAAAGAUGCCACGAUCUUCCGCCUUCUUUGGAGUCCACACGUUUGUAUUGAAACGCCGAAUUCUGAAGUUGGUCUCACCAACACCCCAGCUGUAAUGAAUGUAUAUGCGGCAGACCUUUCAGGUAUGGAUCUUGAAAAUCUGCGAUUUCAAUGUCAUUAUAAACUGCAAAUACGAAUGGCUGAGGAGUCGGUAAAAAUGACAUCGAAGAACUCUUUGGAAUUGUGUUUUUGUACACCUUCCUGCACAGAGGUUGUUGUCAGAUCUGGUCCUGGACCGAGGAACUGCUCUUUUGCAGAUAUUCUUGUCCCUCAUCGGCCGGUGGACGUUGGCUAUCGCUUGUUUCCCACUGAAGCAAAUCAGCGACAUCCCAUAAUCUCGGGAGGAGCAGCUAUCUCCUCGCAGUCAGAGAUGGGGCCAAUAUUUCCCGUUCGCAACGCCUUUAAGACAGGUUCUGGUCAGUCUGUCGGUUUCGACGCUAUCAUUUUUUGGAAACCACACCCUGACAUGGCACUAGAGACAGAGGACGUCGAGCGGUCCACAAAUUACGUCAAUCCCAUGGCACUCCCUUUCUCUGAGAUUCGACGGCAAUCGCGUGGCUACCGAGUGAUCUGGGGACCCCGUCUUGUCGAGCCCAUCGAACCGGACAUGUACAGUAAUGGCAUUGCUCCACAGCUGGACCCUGAACGGACUGAAUCCAAAGUUGUCGACUCAAAAGUGCACAAUGUGAUAUUAAGAAAUUUGGAACCAGACACACUGUACAUAGUCCAGGUUCAAACAAUCGGUGCCCAUGGUGACAGUCCUGUGAAUGCAGUCUUCUUUACCACCCCAAGUAGGUCAUUUUUGCCUUAG